AUGGCCUCAAGAGCAUCCUCAAUACGCAUCCUGUCGUCCACAGCGACGAGAAACAUCCCAAAAACACGUUCAUUCACCCGCGCAUACUCUUCUGCUCCUGAAGACCCGGCGUCUCCUAGCAAGGCAAAGGCCUUGAUCGCUCUCGGUGCCACUGGAUUCGCUGUCGGUCUCGGUAUCGAACUCACCAAAGGAUACCGUGGUACUAACGUCGCCAGAUGUGAUGGUGCACCUGCUGUCGAAGCCAUCGACACUCAUGGCCACCCGUGGGCCCCUGUAGACUGCAUAGAGCAAGACGACCCUUCCAACCCCAUGCGCAUCCGUAUGGCCACUUGGGUCAAGAACCUCCAAAACCACAUCGUCAACACCAUGGAAGAGAUCGAGGCUUCCUCUGCCCCCAACGAGUUUGCCCCCUCUGCCGAACCGCCCAAAUUCUUGCGAGAUACCUGGCUCCGUAAGGAAGGCGGAGAAGGCUCGUCUUGUGUCUUGGCCGGUGGCAGAGUAUUCGAAAAGGCCGGCAUCAACGUCUCGGUCGUCCAUGGCAUGCUGCCUCCCCGAGCCCAAAAAGCAAUGCUGCCCGAUCAUCCCAGCUUGCCCGAACCCACCGACACCGUCCCAUUCUUCGCCACCGGUCUCUCCAUCGUCAUCCACCCUCGAAACCCCCACGCCCCCACCACCCAUCUAAAUUAUCGUUACUUUGAGAUUGACGACCCUGCUACCGGCAAGCCAAAGGCAUGGUGGUUCGGUGGUGGAGCAGACUUGACGCCUUCGUAUUUGGACGAGGCGGAUGCGGUGCACUGGCAUCAGACUUUGAAGGAUGCUUGUAACAAGCACGACGCGAGGUACUGGCCCAGAUUCAAAAAGUGGUGCGACGAUUACUUCCUCAUCACCCACCGUGGCGAAACCCGAGGUGUUGGCGGUAUCUUCUUUGACGACCUCACAACCUCGACUCCCCUCCAUGCCCCUGUCGACCCUGCUACCCCUCCACCUUCUCCCGACCAGAUAUUUGAAUUCGUCAAGUCUGCCUCUGGCGCUUUCCUCCCUGCCUAUGUGCCUCUAGUGUACAAGAACAAGGACAAGCCAUGGACCGCCGAGGAGAGGAGAUGGCAGCAGCUGAGAAGGGGCAGGUAUGUAGAGUUUAACUUGGUGUAUGACAGGGGUACCAAGUUUGGCUUGAACACACCUGGAGCGAGGAUUGAGAGUAUCUUGAUGAGUCUGCCCGAGACGGCGAGAUGGGAGUAUAUGACCGACCUUGGUAGAGAGGGUGCUGGCACUCCUGAAGCAAAGCUCACGGAAGUUCUUCGAAACCCUCGUGACUGGGCUUAA